AUGAACACUUCCUUGCUUUUCUCUACGAUUGAAGUGACUAGACAAGCCUUUUACCGCUCUUCACUCACCUUUGCUAUCGUAAAUAUGAAGCCCCUCAUUCAGUCUGCUCUUGAGGUCCUGACAUCUUAUCAACUGCCGCAAAUGGUGAUGCUAUUAUGGUGCCAUCCACCGGUCCUCUCACGCUCAGAACGCAUGAACGCCGCUCUUUAACACCAACAUGACCAUCCUGGCUCAUGCACGCCUCGCUCGAAGAC